CGGGAAAGGAACCGGGGGUUUCCUGGAGACAAAGGCAAACACGGCGCAGCCACCGCCGGCCCGGAGGGAGCUGCUGACCCCUCUGCCCGGCGGCGACAUGCUACGCAGAAGAGACGUGUCCCCUGCUCCCGGCCCCGGAGACAAGGCGCGGCGGCUGGAGGAGCGGCUCUCCAGCCAGGAGAGGACCACGGCCUUCCUCCUCCACCAGGCCUUCCAAGUCAAGGACGACGUCGUCUCCUACAUCAAGGAGAGCUCUGGUUAUCAGCACAAGGAGACCGCUGCCCGGCAGCUGCUGGAAAACCACGUCCAGACCAUUGCAGGCAUGGUUCAGAAGCUCAGCCAGGACAUAGAGGUUUUGGAGAGGCAAAUAAGAACGAGGGACGGCACCACAGCACAGACUAAUUUUGCUGUUCAAAACCUGGACCAUAAAUACAUCCAGAGUCUUGGGGACCUGCGUGGAAGGGUGGUGAGAUGCGAGGCAAGUAUUGCAAAGCUAUCAGGAGACAUCAGCAUGGUCAGGCAUGAGGUCCAGAAGAUCGAUAAGGAGAUUUACAGCCUCCACGCUACCCUCAAGUGUUCCGUGAGUGGCUUUGAGAAGAUGGUAACGCGGCUAUUAGGCAAGAUAGAGACGUCCAACUCUGAUCAAAGCUCUAAUUUAAAGACAGUCCAGGGAGAUCAACAUCACAAAUUGCAACUUCUGGAUUUCAAGUUGACAAGCAUUCUGAGCGACUUCAAGGACCAGAUGCAGCAUCAGCAGAAGCGGACAGAGGCGCAGCUGACACGCUCUGAAGACCAAGCCCAGCACAGGCUCCAGCUGCUGAAUGCCACGAAGGAGAGGCUGGAAGCGGCAGAAAGGAAGAUAGAGGAAAAGCUUCUGCUUCUGUCACUGAAACUAGAACAAGCAGAGAAACCAGAGAGAUACAAGCACCAGGUGAGAAGUGAUGAAAACAACCUGCACGCAAGAAUCACCAGAUUUGAACGACAGAUCUGGAAGGAGCUUGACGAAAUCCAAAAUGAAUACAGAUCAGGAUUUCAAUCUAUUCAUGAGUCUCUGGAGCUGCUCAAACAAAUACAGAACACAAAGCUGAAGCUGGAAAAGAAGAAGAAUCAGAGAGAGACUCGAAGAUACAAAGCCAGUGACCUCCCUUAAGAAUGAACUCCAAAA